CACAUUUUGUGCAUUACUUUCUAGUUUACGUGACCAUCUAUAAUUGUGAACCACCACCCACCAUGGUUGGUCUGUCCACCGCAAGAAGUACUCCGACGGGUAGCCGCCACCACCGGGAAUGGCGAUCGUGUGAUGAUGCUCAUGAAUGUACAGUUCCUAAUCCUAUGCAGGUGGCAGCGAGUUUGUCCGAUAUGGUUUUUGGGUUCUUGGAAGAGGGUGAAGGGCUACCGGAAAGCGUCAACAGUGAGGAAGAAGGGUGUAGGGAAAUUGAGGACCUAGAUGAAGAUGAAGAUCAGAAAGGAAAAGAUGAUAAUGGAAAUGUGGAGGAGGAUAAGAGUUUUUGGGAAAACCAGCACCAACUUUUGCAGGCUAGCUUAUGCAGGAGUAACUCUCUGGAAACAAGGAUUAGGAGUGCCAUAAAAGAAGCACUAAAGGAAAUACGAUCUGCAAAUACAGCCUGUGCUUGUGGCAAACCCUUGGCAACCGGUUGCCGGAAAUGCCUCAUGGGAGAAGUUUCCAGCCGCCUCCGAAAUGCUGGUUACAAUAGUGCCAUUUGCAAGUCAAAGUGGAGAAGCUCCCCAAAUAUUCCAUCUGGGGAGCACAGCUUUUUGGACGUAAUAGAAAAAUGUAGCUCAAAGAAAGGAGAGGUGAGGAUAAUGGUUGAGUUGAACUUCCGGGCAGAGUUUGAGAUGGCAAGAGCAAGCGAAGACUACAACCAGCUAGUCGGGCGACUUCCCGAGGUGUUCGUCGGAAAAGUAGAAAGAUUAAGUAGCCUGAUCAAGAUUCUUUGCUCGGCGGCCAAGAAGUGCAUGAAGGAGAAGAAAAUGCACAUGGGGCCAUGGAGGAAGCAGAGGUACAUGCAAGCAAAAUGGCUUGGUGCAUGUGAGAGGACGACGUCCACGUCACUCUUGCCGAUGGGUUUUUCCGGCCGGUUGCCAAAGCCCAAGGCUUCCAUGCUGACGGUGGAUUUGCUAGAGAAGCUGCCUAAUGGGCAUUGUACAGCAGUCGAAGUUGUGUGAUAUUGUGAAACAUAUAGAUUUGGUUCUUAAUAUCGUCAAGUGAUGAUUUGAUCGAUCAACAACUUGAAAGUUGCCUAUAUUUGUAUAUAUAUAUAUAUAUAUAGACAAUUAAAGGGAUUUUAUUUUUUUAUGUAGGAAGAAAUAACUCAUUAAUAAGAUCUGCGAGGAAAAUGGGCAAGGAAACGAUCCAAGAAAGUCCUCUUGAAGCGCUCCCCCGAGAUCAAAACUUGCAUGCAAAAGAUCUCUCUAUGCGGUCCAUCAUUUUAUCAACAACAUCAAGUCUCUUGACGGUUGGGUGGAGGAGGAUUAGAUUGGUGUGAGAGAUUUUCUCUCACAGCCAAAAAAUAAAGUUGAAAAAUAUAGCUAUAUAUGUCUUAAAUCUAGUCUGCCUAAGAGGUGCUUUAACCGCACUUGUACAUGGGUUAGUGAGAAGUUGAGGUCGUCAUAGAUAAUACUUAAUUGUAAGAUCUAUAUUGUAUUUAUGACGUUGUAGCCUCGUAGCUUUGGAAUAUGAUUUUUCAGAGUGUUAUGCUCUGAAUCUUAUUAUCAAUAAAAUUGCAAAGA